CAUUGGUCUACCUAGCUCAGGCCUGUUUACACAGAGUAGCAGUGGCUCUCCAGGAUUUCAGAUAGGGGUCUGCCCCACCUAAGCAGAUGCUCUACCAUUGGGUUUUACAGAAUCUUUAAAGAAGAAGUACACAGAGUAAUUGUCCAAUCAUUAUAGGCAACAGAAGGUUGCCUGGUACCGGGGCAAUAGCUUCAUUGAUGCAUUGGGAAACUGAGGUGGGGCUCCAGAAACCUGCAACAGGGUAGCAAACUACAAGAAGAAAGCAGCUGGAGGAAAUGACUCCUAGUUUCAGUUGUCUCUACAAAAAGGCACAGGGUAUGGGAAACAAGCAAGAUGAAUUGGAGCUUUUAAUACAGGAUGACAAAUAUGACCUAGAAAGUGAGUAGGCAUUGCCUUGGAGUUCAAGAUUUCUUUAACAGAUUGGAGAACUGGGUUAACAAAAUGAAUUUCAAUAGGGACAAAUGUAAGGUUCUGCACUUAGGAAGUACAAACUUCACAAAUAUAAGCUGAAGGACACCUGGCUUACUAGGAUCUAGCCAUCUUAGUGGAACUCAAGCUUCACUUGAGUGAACAGUGUGAUGCAGUUUUUGGUGUGUGUGUGUUUGAGUCAAUUUCUUUAUUGGUUUAAUUAAAUCUAGCUGUAAGCUGCCUUGUUGCUCCCUAGCACAGAAAGACAGGGAACCUAAGUUUCCUUAAACAGAUUGACAAAAAAUGGUACACAGCAAAACGCUUUGAUGUCCAACUCUCAUUGCAGUGUUGUACCAAAAUACUAUCAGCAAAUUCUGGCCUUGGUGUUUGCAGUCCAGGAAAUCAACAAGAAUUCCAAUCUAUUACCUAAUGUCACAUUAGGAUUCCACAUCUUUGAUAGUUACUUCAGUGAAAGGAUGACCUACUGGGCCACUUUGGAGCUACUCUCUACACACUAUAGAUUUGUACCCAACUACCAGUGUGACAAACAGAAAAAUCUGAUGGCAGUCGUUGGGGGACUUGACUUUGAGAUUUCCCUCCACAUGGCAGCCAUCUUAGGUGUCUACAAGAUUCCCCAGGUAAGAGUCAAAGAUGGUGACUUCCCCUCAUUCUUCUUUCCUCUGUCCAGUUGUAAAAAGUUUUGCAUUCCAUAAUAGCCCUCUUGACAAUUUCAGAUUGUAUUCAAUAAAAGCUUUCAUCCGCCUUCAUCCAUUUCCCAACCUUUGCAUGUUCUUCAGAGGGUAUGAAUGGAACAUUUUGCAGAUACAGUUGAACACACCUAGUCUAUGCAUGCGAACAGCUUGUUCUGCCGGCCUCUGGUAGACUCCAACCAGGAUGAAUUACGGCGGCUGCUCAAUAGUCGCUUGCACAUUACUUUAAUUAAUUUGACCUGGAGAGUUUGGGGCUGUCACUGCUGCCAUCAACAGCUCACUGGUUAUCUACCUAGUUAAAUCAGAGACACUGAGAGAGCUUUUAUAUUCUUUUACUUUAAUUCACAGGAAGUCAUGAAAGUACACUCUUGAGCUGCCACCAAACCAGCUAUUGCUUCCUAGAAAUCAGACCUCUCCUGCUGCCUAUGGUGGCUGCUAAGAAGAAUUCUCUUUUGGGUUCUGCAGAGUAUGUCUGGUCCUUCUGGAAGGACGAGGCUCUGACAAACUCUGCUGAGAGAGAAUGUCACUUGGCUGCUGUACUGUUUCUAAGAAAUCUGACUCUUGUCUUUGUUGAUUGCUACCUUGCUCUGGAUCUUCAUCACCUAUUAUUUCCCAGGUCCUUUUUCCUUCUUGGGUGUGACCCGUCUCAAACCACCACACCAUACUCUCCUCCCUCCCUUCUCUCUGGAAUGUUAUUGGGGUACCACUCCUCCUCAUCUGCCCAUUCUCUGACGGGCUUACUAAGACAGUGGGUCCAAAGCACAAUUGUUUUAUCAUUGCUAUCCACACAUAAUCAAUGUUUCCACUGCUUUAAUGGGAAAUAAGUGUCUGUUUCCUUCUAGCUCACUUAUGGCUCCUUUGCCCCAGAGGAUGCUGGUGAAAGCCAAUCCACUCCCUUCUACCGGAUGGUGCCCAAUGAAGCCCAUCAGUACACUGGGAUUGUUGAGUUACUUCUUCACUUUGAAUGGACGUGGGUUGGGUUGUUCGCGUUGGAUAGUGAGAGUGGAGAGAAAUUCAUGGAAAUCCUGCAAACUCUGCUUUUCCAGAGAGGCAUUUGCUUGGCCUUUUCAGAGAGAACUCCAAAAGGCUCAUAUUUUGAAGAGUAUUAUGACAUGAUUCCCCAGUGGCUCCAAGCCUAUCAUGAUAUUGCAGAAAGCAAAGCCAAUGCUGUCAUUGUCUAUGGAGAAGCCAAGUCCUUCUGUUUUUUGCAACUAUGGCUAGCAGCAGGGGGUGCAGAAAAUGUGACAUCUAUGGAGAAGGUAUGGAUUAUGAGUGCUCAUCUGGAUUUCUCAGCAGUGGCCUUUCAAAUGAGCCAGGCUAUGCAACCAUUUCAUGGCUCCAUCUGCUUCACAGUGCACUCAAAGGAGGUGCAAGGAUUCAAGACCCUUCUUCGCUCCCUCAAUCCUUUCAUGGCAGGUGAAGAUGGUUUUCUUCAGCAGUUCUGGCUGCAGACAUUCUAUUGUUUCUUUUCAAAAUCCAGUACUGAGUUCAGUGAACCCUGCACUGGACUGGAGAAGCUGGACAGCCUCCCCUCGUCUGGCUUUGAGAUGAGCAUGACUGGCCACAGCUACAGCAUCUACAAUGCUGUCUAUGUUGUGGCACAUGCCCUACAUGAUGCCAUGUACAGAUCCAGGGCAAAAGACAGAGGAAUUGUGAGAAGAUGGAGACCGCAGCUUCAGAAAUUGCAGCCUUGGCAGGUAAUGGUUCUUUUGUUGUUGUUGUAUAUAUUUUAAUUAUUAUAUCAUUUUAUAUUGUUGAUAAAACAAAGACAAACUGUCAGGGAAUUGCCAUCGGCUCAGGGGCAAGAGGGGAAAAGCCAAAUGGAUUACAGAGAGCCCCCAAAGAUUGUGGGAAGGAGCACUUCCUCAGCAGAGUAAGGUAGCCACGCCUCUAGUAGAGAGGAGAUGCAGGGCUCGAAGGAGGCGAGACGGUGCCAGGACACCUUGGCUGAGCAAAGCGGGGAGGAGAGAGGUCUCCCGUUACCCAUGCCUUCCUUGCGCAGUAGACUUCCGCGCUGAGAGGGGAGGCGCAGGAGCAGGGACUGAGCAACGGGAGCUCACCCUGUUGCAGGGAUUCGAACCACCGACCUUCUGAUCGGCAAGUCCUAGGCUCUGUGGUUUAGACUACAGCGCCACCUGCGUCCCACAUUAGCUUUAUACAUCAUAUUAAUUAUUAGAUUCAGUUCCCAAUAAUAAAAGGAUCCUUCUUACAUCCAAUAGCUUGUCUGCCCUUCCAUUCACUGACAUUCAAGGAACCCUUUGGUUUCUUAGUGCUUUCCAUGGCUGGGUGACCACUAGGUGCAAGACAGGUGCAGACAUGGCCAUUAUUGCUAUUAUAUUUUAUGAAAUUCUACACACCGUAGUUUAGAGGCAAUUGUAAUCUACAAUUGCAUGAAAUUAAUUUGAGUUUUAAACAAUUGUCCUUUUGGUUCCAUUUCAAUGCAGCUCCACCCAUUACUUAGGAGCAUCUCAUUUAACAACAGUGCGGGAGAAGAAGUGUCUUUCAAUGAGAAUCAGGAAUUAGAAACUGGAUUCGAUAUUACCAACUUGGUCACUUUCCCAAAUAACUCCUUCAUCAAAACCAAGGUUGGAUGGAUGAAUUUGGAUGCUCCCCUAGGAAAAGAGUUUUCCAUCAAUGAAGACAAAAUGGUGUGGCACAGGAGUUUUCAACAGGUGGGGAAUAUUUCAGCAAAUUGCAACCUAGAAGUAUCCUAAACUAAUGUCAUUGUGGCAUAGUUGGGGUUUGGAUCCUGUAUACUUUUGCACUUACUUCUUACGCAGGCUUGCACAAAUGUAGUGAAGCUGUCAACUAGAUAGGGACAUUAUCUUUUGUUCCAGUGCUAAAGAGAAUUAUUUAAAAUUUUGGAGAUGAGCUGAGUGGUAUCUAAGUCUAACCUGCAGAAAACCUCUUUAGAAAGCAGGCCAGGGGAGCUGGGCCUGCCGAUAGACAGGCCGACUUCAGGAGAAAACACUUGGCUGGUUAGGGAUAAUAAUGUUAAAACAUGAAUGGAUCAGAAAUUGUACAGCUUCUUCCUUAAAUUACACUUAGUCAUCUAAAACUGUUCCUUUUAACUGCAGGUUAAAACUCUGGUAAGUUUGCAAAAAUGUAUUUUUCCAAGCAAUUUGGUCAUUAAAGUUACUAUUCAUAUCUAAUCUCUCCCUUUCAAAAAAUAUUCUUGUUGAAAUGGCCAUAACUUCAACUGGGAUAUAAGGACAUAUUUAGUCAUAUUAGUAACAGAUGCCAUUAUGGCUCUUAGUCUGCAGUAAAAUGCAUUUGCAUUCAAAAUAUUCUUAGUAUUCAGUGUGCCAUUUCUCCAAUUCACUUAAUUGCUCAUAGCCCAGAAAAUGGAAUUCAGCUUUUCCAAAAGCCAAUCAUUUUCUGUGCACUUAACUGCUUUCAUACUUAAUUCAAAUUGGCAGGUGCCACCCCCCUCCCUUUGCAACAAAAAAUGCCCUCCUGGUUCCAGCAGAAAGUAGAAGGAGGGGAGAAAUUCUGCUGCUAUGACUGUGCCCAGUGUCCUGAAGGCAAGAUUUCAUUUCAGAAUGGUAUGAGGCACUAUAUACAUGUCGUAUUUUUUUGCUCUCAGCUGUGCAGUUCCUCACCACGAUCAGCCAGUGAUCAGGUUUGCAAAGGGACACAGCACUUGGAAACAGACCCAACCAUCAACUAAUCACCAGGGCUUGCAAAGUGCAAUUUUACCUGCCCUACUCCUAACAUCCUAGGUGUGAUUUGUCCUAAAAAGCACGAUGGGCAAGAGGUUCCCUAGCACUAGAUUGCCUGGACAGCGAUGGGGGCGGGGGAGUGGAGAUUUGUUCUGCCAAUGCACCUGUAGAGCACAGGUCUCCCACUGCCCUGCCCUGCCCCCUCACCAUCCAGCUAAGCAGCAGAGAAGGGAGCUCCAGGGCACUGCCUUCCCAUGCAGCUCACUCCUGAGGAACAUCUCCAGUACAGCCAGG